AUACCCCUUUGAUGAAGAAACAUUUAAGGUGUGGGACACCGACAGAAUGAAACGAGAGAGGGGUAGAUCACUGUCCUCUUUUUCUGUCUCUUGGGGAACGACGUACGACAAGGAUGGAGAGAUGUACGAAAGAGAUAAAGAGCACGUACAUUCUAGAAUAAUUCUUGUGCUAUAAGAAUUCUCGAAUAUCCAGAAAGACCAGUCUAUUUAGUUUCGAGUGCGAUUUUAUGAAAUAAACAUCGAAGGCAAAAGUGCCAUUAGUGAAGACAAGCAAUCGAGGGUUAAUUUAGUAGAGUAAUUAGUGACGGUAGUGAGUUCGCGUAAAUUGCAUAUUUUUUUGUGCACCUAUAUUCCUCUUUGAUUAAUUAAAAAUAAACCUUUGAAGACUUCUAAGGCGUUUCUAUCCGAUUCCCCUAGUUUGUAACAAUAACCUCUAAAACCCUUGCGUAGCUGAGAUUUGAAUAUAGAAAAUUAACUUAAAUUUGACAAUUUGAUUUCGUAGACCUGUAAAUUAGAUAAUUAUAUAUACUGUGUAGUGUGUAUUAGAAUUUAGAGGGAGGUGUACAAUUCGUUGCGUAUUAUUUUAAAACACUUGUAAAUUGUAAUCUUAAGCUUAGUUAAUUUGUCUGUUAAACCUAUUGUUGUAAUUUUUGUGUCGGUAAUUAUAAAUUAACAUGUCGGAUGUAAAUUCGGAUACAAACCCAUCUCCAACCCAUAAUAAGAAUAUACGAACAAAGUUAAAAAUAUUAGCCUUACAUGGAUACAGACAGAACGGAACUUUGUUUAGCGGAAAAAUUGGUUCGUUUCGAAAGGCAGUUUCAAAAUAUGCUCAGCUAGUUUUUAUUUCUGCUCCACAUAAGGUUUAUACUGACGAUGGAGCUGGGGAUGAAGAUGUUCGCUCUUGGUGGUUCAAUGCAGAAGACAAUACUUACAGUGGCAAAUGCUUAGGAGGGCCUGCCAUAGGCUUUGAGGUUACUUUAAGACUAAUUGAAGAUGUAGUUAAGGAGUAUGGACCAUUCGAUGGAUUAAUGGGUUUUUCUCAAGGAGCUUGUCUUGUAGGCCUGCUUGCGGCUAUGCAACAGAAAGGGUAUCUACCAUACACUUUUAAGUUUGCAAUAUUUGCAUCAGGAUUUCGUUCUGGCAGUUUAGUGCAUAAAGGAUUUUAUGAUGAAGAUAUAGAUUUACCUUCUUUGCAUGUUUAUGGAGAAAGUGAUUCAAUUAUUCCUAAAGAAAUGAGUGAGUCUCUAAUAAAUCUAUUUACAAAGCCAAUAGUUGCAGAACAUUCUGGAGGUCAUUAUGUGGCUUGCUCAGGUUCUAUUAAAGAUGCUUAUUUAGAUUUCUUACAUGAUAGAUACGAGGAUAUUAUAGAAAGCGAGAAAUUACAAAAAAAGGACUAAAGAUUGUUCUUAGUGAUUUGUGUUACAUACAAAUAUGAUAAGUAUUCUUUGCUUAAAUUAUUAUAUAUAUUG